AUCGCCAGCUGACUUCCGGUGUCUUUAAAUACUCGGCCAUUAAUCUGCUCGAAGCGCUUCUCGUGAUAUUAAGGUGCCUCUGUUUUGAUUGAACGAUGGAUGUACCCAUCAGUUAGGAGAAAAGCCCUGGACGAUCAAACGAACACUUGCGAUUUGAAGCCCGAUUUGAAGCCCAAGCUGUCGUUGGAAACAUCGCGAACGAUCCGUUCUCUCCGUCGGUUCCUCUUUAUUUUGCCGCAGUCAGAAAUUAUUCCAGCGCUCGCUGUCUCUCUGCUCGUACAGACUUUUCCCAUUUUUAGACACGUCUUGUGUUUUAAUGCGAUGUUAAUCGUCAUUUUUGAUGCGUCUUUGACCUUGGAGUGGCAGUUAUAUCUUCGGGUCUGAAAACGAGCUCGUCUUGUUUGGUGGCUGAUCGGGUCCACUCAAGGAUUUCUCGUACAGAUAUCUGGGAGGUGUAUUAUGACGAUCGAGUGAGACAACAAGCACCUGUCUGAUUGUGAAUUAAGCAAACUAAAGGCCGUGCUUGGCAGAGAAAAGCCAGAGGCAAAAGUCACAUACUGAGUCUUUGUGCCGGAUUGGUUCUCCCCUCCAGCUGCUGGUCACCCAUCGAUUCCUGACUGCCCUCCACCUCUGAUGACAGCCAUGACCUCACAGAGAGAUACUGACAUGGUGAAUCUGCGGCUCAUUCUUGUGAGUGGGAAGACACAGGAUUUCAUCUUCUCUCCUAAUGACUCCGCUACAGACAUCGCUCGCCAUGUCUUUGAAAACUGGCCAGCGGGUUGGGAGGAAGAGCUUGUUACCAGCCCAAGCAUCCUGAGGCUCAUCUUUCAGGGCCGCUUCCUGCAUGGCAAUGUCACACUAGAAGCUCUAAAGUUGCCCCCUGGCCGAACAACCGUCAUGCACUUGGUUGCCAGAGAAACACUUCCAGAGCCGAACUCUCAUGGCCAGAGGAACAGGGAGAAAACUACAGAAAGCAGCUGCUGUCUGCUGCUGUAAAUCGCAGAGGACAAACCUCCCCCACCUACUUCUCCUCUUCCUCUUCCUUCCCUCUUCUGUCUGCUCCACACCAACCCAUGGUGCAUUCUGGAUGAUCACAGAUGAGCUCCAGGGAGAGUGACUAGGUUUCAUUCAGUGUUUUGUGUAGUGGCUGGGGACUCUUCUGUGCCAAUCUCAUCAAAUCUAUUCAUGUUUGCCUUUGUUUGUUUUUUCAUCGUUUGUUGCCAAAAUUACUUUUUGCUUAGUGAAAUAUGGCCAUUUGUUUACGGCCUAUUCUGAAAAUAUGAAACUGUGGAAAAUCAAAUGUUCCCAUCAUUGAAAGGAAAUUAUGUAAACGGACUUGUGAGCAGGUUUUGGCACUGGACAAGGCUUAAUAUGCGUCAUAAUCUCAGACUUUUGAUUGCACUUAACAUGGAUCCUUAUCUGAAGUCACAAUGUUGUGGUGUGUGUUAUAGUCUUAACCCUCCCAGCCUGCCUCAAACAGAAGGAGAUAAAUGAGAACUCCAGUUGAGCACCAGAAUCUUGACUGAUUUGAUUCGGUGUGCCAUUGCCACCUACUUGUAUGCCUUUAUCCUAGGACCAAUCAGUCGUGGGACUCUCAAAUGUCAACACCUGUGCAUGACCCUAGUCUAGUGUUUCCUCACCUUGGUUGUGUACCAGCCUUCUCUGAAAACUAUUCAUUAUGUCUACUUGAAUAGAUUGAUUUCGUCGUCUCCAACAAAGAAGCAUGUUGGAAGGUUGGUGAAAUGUGCUUGAUGUUAAAGUGACACAAACUGUUCUUCUUGCCCAGUCUGGAUAUCAUCUGUUUCCACCGUCAUCUAAGCACAAGUCAGUGCUAACGUUCUGUCUGAAUCCUCUACUAACAUGCGUCCUGGGGGGCGGUCACUGCCAUCUGAUGUGCAGAACAUAAGGGAAUUCCCCAAAAGCAUCUGGCCGUAUGAAGCAGCUCGGCUGGAAAGCCUCCAUUAUAAGUGCUAUGGAUCCCUGCUGUGCUCCUGGGGGUGAAGAUGUGAGCAGGGAGGACCUCACCUAAUGGGUCCCCACUGGGCCAGAAGAAAACAAAAUGUGUUUUAUUUCCCAACGUUUGUAAGCUUGUCUGUUAUGUUUGGCUUUUGAUUGUGGAUAAUUAUUAUUAACAAUGGCGUUCUGUAAGUCAUUUUAUCUUGUCUGAGUAUGGACGGGAGUUUUUCAGAUGGCAGACUCAUGUAAAGUGUGCGUGUGUGUGUGCGCUCGAGAGAGAGGAUGAAGCUGUUUUGAAAAGAUGGUGCAGUGGUUGUGGAUGAGUCCACAGAGACUGAAUGGCCAACUUACUGCAAGUGUGUUAAUCAUUGUCACUGCUUUAAAAUUAGCUACAAAUUAAUACAUGUAUAGAAAAAAAACUUAAAUCUUGUAUUAUAAAUUAAUAAAACUUUUCAAAUAAAA